GUCUUGUUGACCUUAUUUCAACACAACUAGAACCAACACACUUCUUAAACUUGACAUAUAUACGAACGAAGUAUUACAUGAAUUGCCUAACGACGUAUUUUACUAUUUCGCAUAUGCGGAGUCAGGAUUUGUCACUAUUAUCGCAAGGAAUUCUGGGAAUUGAAGUGCCGCCGCGUGCUUUCGCUCGGCAUGUGCAGCUAGCUAGUAACGUGGCUACAAACCAGGUAGCUUUCUAGAUCCAAUUUAACUUUGUGUGUCAGAGAUGUUUUGUUUUAAUUUCGACGUAACUGGAAUAAAAAACACGGACGACGUACAGGGCAAUGCAUCGUUAAACAUUGUUUCUAAACCCGCGAAUGAAACUGGCAACCCAGCAGUUGCAGUAAAAGAGGCCAAAGAGCACUUUCCACCCUCUGAUCCUCUGCACCUACUCGAUGACGCCAUUUGGGAAACCCUCAACAUCGGCACUCUUCCUCCCCUGCACUUCCUCAACGAGACUAUUUUCGAGAAGACCGUCUGUGAGAGGGAGGACACGGAGAACGUUCUGUCCCGCACGGCCGAGCAGAGGUCUGACCUCAUCUCGGGAGUGUACGAGGGAGGACUGAAGGUGUGGGAGUGCACAUACGACCUCCUGGAGGUAAUCGAGAGGGAAGGCGAGACGUUCGGCGGCAAGGCCGUCUUGGAUCUCGGCUGUGGCGCCGGGCUCUUGGGGAUUUUGUCCCUGAAAAGAGGAGCCAGGAAAGUCCAUUUCCAAGACUACAACAGUACAGUGAUUGAGCAGCUCACUGUGUCUAAUGUCAUUCUCAAUUGCCAAGAUGAUGACAGUGAUGAUGAUGAUGACAGAAAAAGGAAGGGUAAAGGAACAACCGACAAGGAAGAAGAGUGUAAAAUGAAACCAAUACAUGACAGACGAGAUAUGUUACUGCCAAGGUGCCAGUUCUUCUCUGGUGACUGGCGCACCUUUCUUACUUUGGCCUCAAGUCAGGACUCGCCAUUGAAAUACGACAUUAUCAUGACUUCAGAGACGAUCUACAACACGGCUUAUUACCCUGCGCUACAUGACACCCUCCACAAACUUUUAGCAUCGGACGGACACGUCUACAUGGCCACCAAGACCCACUACUUUGGUGUGGGUGGCGGUCUGCACCUGUUUGAGGCGUUUGUGGCAGAGAGGGGGGUUUUCACUAUCAAUCACCUGUGGGAUAGCAAAGAUGGACUUCAGAGACAUGUUGUUGUCCUGCGUUUUAAAAAAAUAAUCACACUAGCUCACGGGUCAAUACACUACUAACCAGUAAAACUAAAUACCAAUUACUACUGUUCAAAGUUAUGGGUCACUUGGAAAUGUCCUUAAUGUUGAAAGUAAAUCUUUUCUUUCUCUCUCUCUCUCUCUCUCUCUCUCCAGUGAAGAUGACAUAGAAUCAAUCAGAAAUACAUGCUAGACCAAGGGUCAUCCACAGGGUGCCCGCAGGCACCAGGUAGCCCCAAAGUACUACAUGGGGAGCCCGCACCUGUUCUCAAAAUAGCUCAGCAGUGAUGAGAAAUUGUGACUGAUGCAAUGUUGUAGAAAUGACCAUCUAAAAUGUAAUCAGUUGCAGAGAUUUAUAAAAACAGUGUUGAAUGUUGAAAUUUACUGCAUCUCUUUCCCACCUUGUUAAAUCAUUGUUGAUCUUUGUGAGAAAUCAUUAACACAAUCGGUGUCUUCACAUAAAUGGAUAUCAUUAUUACUAAUGAUUUAAAGAUGAUUCAAGCAAAUUAGUUAUUUCAGAAGUGUGUAUGAAAGUGGUAGCCCUUAGCAUUAAUCAGUACCUAGGAAGUUGCUUUCAGUUUCAAAAAGGUUGGUGACCCCUGGUCUUGACAUCGUAAAUGUAGUUUAAAAAAAAGAAAAACAAUGCUUUCAAUAAUAAGGACUUUUCUAAGUGACCUUCAAAGUUUUGAAACCUCGUGUAUGUGUGUAUAUAAACACAAUAGUGUGUUUUAAUAAACAACAUGAAAUUAUCUAGCUGACCCCGAAUUUUUGGACAGUAGUGUAUACCGCAAAUGGCUAUAUUUUUAGUCUGGCACUUACUGUACAGUAAAUUGAGUGGCUUAUCGUUACCAUCUGAUCAGCUGUGACCUUCCAUCACUAACAAUAGUGAUAUGGACCUUUCUCUGCAUCAUCUUGAAGUUUCAAGGCCACAAGGAACCUCACCUGCCUGUGAUAUUAAAACUGUAUUAAUAAAGUAAUUCUUUCUCAUCCCUCAGUAAACUCAUCCCUCCCUUGUUUCUUCUUCCAUAUUUCCUCCCUAUAUAGACAUGUUCCAGUAAGUGAGGAGCAGUUGAAAGCGGGCUGUUCCAGGUCUAUUUAGACGCACCGGGAGGAAAGAAAAGGAAAUGGGCUCAGUGACCUUUGCGAGUGAUUUCCCCCGUGUUCAAACAGCAGCAUGAAAGCCAGGCUUGUUUCUGAAGUCCAACACGAAAUGUCAAUUGCAACUUAUCCCGGCUGCCCGAGGAUGUAGCUUGAAAGUGGAUUCGGGCGUCACGGUACGUCAGUGGUCGGUCUCUGUGGGGUCUCUGUAAGUCUCAUUCUGGAAAAGGACCUCUGCUUUUCGUCAUCUGCUUCUGUGGAAAAAAAAGAAAGUAGAAAUAAAAAGUUUAAA